GUGUGUGAGUGGGAGGGGACGCUCAGGUGAUUGCAAGUGAAAACAGGCCCCACACAAUUUAAAAAAUCUGCAACAGCCAAAAUUAUGAAGUUAUUUCAUGCAAAGUUUGCGUGAGCACGCUUUGAACCGGCUCGGGUGGAGCAGGAGUCUGUGCAGUUUCCCUGAUGAACCGGCAGACGGGAUGUGAUUUGACAGCGACAGGCCCGAGCGUCCUCCCUCCCCGUGAUGACAGGACGACAGCAGCAGCAGAGGCAGGGGUGAGCCUCUCGGGUGGAAUGCGUCCUGCAGGCCGACACACGUCUAGCUGCAGUAAUGUCAGCAGGAAAAAACCCUCCACCAGCCGCUCACUGCCGUCUGCCUGAACCACACGAGAUCCGCUGAGGGGAGAUGAGAGGAUACCGAGCCAUCAAGUACACUUUAUUCAUCUGCUGCUACGUCUUCUGGGUUGUGAGCGCUGUCCUCAUAGCGGUGGGGAUCUACGCCAAGAUCGCCAAGGAGAAAGAUGUGGUCGACACCCUGACAGUCGAUCCAGCUCUGCUGUUGAUCGUCGUGGGCUCGGUGAUGUUCCUCAUCACGUUCCUCGGAUGUUUCGGAGCAUUGCGUAACGCCACCUGCCUGCUUAAGAUGUUUCUGGGGAUCCUGGUGGCCAUGCUGCUCCUGCAGGUCGCUGCUGGAGUCGUGGGAUAUCUCUUCACCGACAUGGUGAUGGAGAGGACGGAGAAGCUGAUGGUGAAGGCCAUCGUCCGAUACAGGGAGGACCAGGACCUGGAGAACGCCAUCGACUUCAUCCAGAAGAAGUUUCAGUGCUGCGGAGUAGAGAGCUACAAGGACUGGUCCCAUAACGUCUACUUUCAGUGUUCAGACACCAACCCCAGUCUGGAGUCCUGUGGAGUUCCCUUCUCCUGCUGCAUUCACCUGCAGAACCAGGCAGUGCUGAACACCAUGUGCGGUUAUGGGAUGCAGCAGCUGGAGGAGCGCUUGGCCGGACAGGACAUCUUCACCGUCGGCUGUCUGGAGAAAAUCGGGUGGUGGGCCAAAAACAACCUGCUGCUGGUGGCCGGUCUGACCGCCGGCCUGCUGCUGCUCGAGGUCUGCAUGAUCUGUCUGGCUGCUGUUCAGAUUUCCAGGAUACACAAAGUGCAACGACAAAAGAAAGAAAACGCCGAGAGAGGCAAGUCGGGGAGAAAGGACAGCUACUGGUAUCCUGCCUUUGCAGACUUCGACAACGAAUAAAAUCACCUUCUGAGAGACGUGAAGCUAUCAUAGGGGCAGACCAGGAAAAGCUGAUAACAAGAUCUGAAUGUUGAUAAAAUGGAGCGGGACGCGCUCCGUUUACACUGUGAAGUUAUACUUUGGGUGCCUCAGUCACGUAUUUGAGGCUCAUACCGUCGAUGAACAUGUUGAAUGUCUUCGACACCGCAGCAGGACUCUGCUACCUCAUGUAAAACCCUCUUUAUAUCACAUUUCUAAUAAAAUAAGGGAUUCCUAGAGAAAGUCAGUUUUAGCACUGGGCAGCCCUUUAACUGCACAUACUGGUUGCUAAUUAAAUAUUUAGCAUUAGUAAUUCAUCACACUGCUAUUAACCAAUCCUGAGCCACAACUUUAUCUGAAAAGCUAUAUUAUUAUAUUAUAAAAAGCUGUUAGUCGUGGAUGAAUCCAGGUUGAACACCAACAUUUUCAGCGUUUUCCCCGUACAACAGACAUCAUGUACUGCGUGUUAACGACGUGCGUUUUGUUUGUCGAAUGUGAACAUUAAUGCUGGUGAGAAUAAAGCUUCAUGCAGGUGUUCCUCGCAGCCUCCCGCUGUGGAACGAUGAAAGUGAUUGUAUUUCAGUGAUUUCUCCAGGUCCAGGAGAACUGUCGCCCUCUCCGUCUGCUGACUUGUGACUGGAAAUAUUUGCUGACAUUCUUGCGCCUCGAGAAGUCAGUGAUACAGAUUACUGUGUUCAUACCAAGCUAGCUUCUCCUAAUGAUAUGCAUAGCCCUUUUCAAAUGAUGCCGGGGUCUCCCUCGCUCGCUCAGUUGCCCUGAUCUGUUGCAUACAUUACCUAGGUUUGUCUUGGGCGCUACGAGCUGGGUUGGAGCCUCAUAUAAUGGUGUGAGGUCGUCCUUGGCAAAAGGGCCUUUAGCUUUUCCUGCUAAAUAAUAUACUGAAGGUCGCACUUCUAUGGGCACGGCCUUAAAUUAAAGAUGUAAAUGUUGCACUGUAAACCCUCAGCAACCCUGCAUCAUCUCCCCUGGCUAUUAGCCCAGAUACAGUUGCAGAUCCAGUUCCUUUGUUAACUGGAUUAACUGGAGUCCUCCCUCCCAGCCCCCACACUUUUAACAGUGAUUUGUCAGGCACUCCUGCCACAGGGAAAUCAAAUGGAGCGAAUACCUGUGUAUAAAUGUAACAAAAUCUUCAAUUUACGUGUCCCAGUUGUAACGAAGACUAUUAGGG